AUGGGUGCUGUUGAGCCUCAACCCCGCAUUGCAAGGUAUUUGAGCCGUCAUUCUAAACUGGAGGAUGGAGUCAGAACUAAGGCUUCACGCUCUGUGAUAAUGGAAGCUAUCGGGACGGUAGCCUCGGUAUUUGCGAUUUACAAUCAACUAGAACAAUGCGGAAAACUUCUACACCAAUUAAAACACAACUUCCGAGUCGCCAAGCAAGAGGUUAAUCUUCUCGCAGAUGAGGUGUCCGCUUGCCAGAGCCUUUUUGGAAUCUUUAGGCAUAUCAGUCAUCCGCUAGAAAACCGCGUGAUGCAGUUGGCUCGCACACAGAGCUUAGAGAAAAUCCCCAAUUCUCAAGCAACUUUCGCCUUUGGCCAGAUUAACGAGAUUGUGUUGAAGCUUGAGCCAUUGAAGAAAGAUACUAAUGCUAGUGGUUUUGACAAAUUUAUUGCAAAGCUCCGAUGGCAUUUGACAAAAGACGAAGUCCAGGUUCCGCUUAUCAUGCUGAGUAGUGUGAAAAUAAGUUUGACAGCCUUAACAUGUCUCUUGGUUCUUGAUUGCUCUGUAGCAGACCUGAGGAGGCCGUCCCUCCCAGAGAGCGACAAGGAACUGAUUAUUUUACAAACGUAA